GAGGCUGCGCGGGGUCCUUCGCGUCGAGCCCAGCCAGGGCGCCUGCGGCGCCGGCGCCCUCUGGCUGCGGCCGAAGGCUGGGGAGCCCGAGAGGCUGGGGCUGUGCCCGUCCGCGAGGCACGCCGCCGCCUUCGUCGGCUGCGGCGUGCGGCCGUGCAUCGCAGGUGGGGCGCACGAGGGCCAGCGGGCCGGGGGAGGGGAAAAAGAGGCCCACGGCGCGCAGCGCGCUCGGGGCGCCGACGGGCGGCCGGCCACGGUGUCCGUGGAGCAGGUCGUGUGUGCCAGCGGCAUCGGGGAGCUGGUGCCGCGGAACGUGCGGGACAAGCGGCUGGUCACGGUCGAGCAGCACGAGGCGGCGGCCGGGUCGCACGUGGAGAGGGGCGAGUUCGCCGAGGCGGCGGAGAAGAUGCGUGAGGCCCUGGACAUGCGCUGCGCGUUGCUUGGGCACGACCAUCCGCAGUCGAAGCUGGGCACGGAGGCCUUCGUCGGGCUCUGCAUCAACUACGCAAGACACUGCAUGUCCUAUGGCGAGAUGGGCUUCUUCCAAAGCUCUCCCGUGCCGAUCAGAUGCGCAUGCGUUUGUGCUCAAGCUCAUUUCAGCACGCGGUUGCAGGGCAAGCAUCGUUGUUGCUAUCCGAUAUCCCAUCUACAUGACCUUCUACCACUCCCGACCGCUUUCAUGUGA